AUGGUCAACAAGCCCCCCAAACCAGUGAAAGCCCCCAAAGCCAACAAACGCUCCAAGGCCGGCGGCCCUUCCCACGCCGACCUCCCCUUCCAGAAAAGCUACUUUUCUGACGAUUCCAUCUUUGGUCGCUCCCAAAAGUUUGUCCAAGAGAACGACGCCAAACCCUUCCGCGACUUUGGUUACUUUAUCGCCAUUCUCCUUGGUAUUUUUAUUUGGAGAUAUCAAGCUGCCCUUUCUGACAGUCGUGAGACCGCAGUGGGAGUCUGGGGCUUCUUGACCUUCGCCUUGAUCCUCCUGAUCAACAUCUGGACUUACUUCCUCGUCCUCAUCAAGUCCCGUCGCGGCGGUGACAUUGGUAUUGUCAAAAUCGUCGACGAGGAUAUUCACCGCUUCAUGUGGCUCUCGGGUCUCUUUGGCGCCUGGGCCGGUAUCAUCUGGUUCGGAUACUACCCCAAGACGCCAAAGUUCUUUGCAAAGGCUACGGUCUUCUCCAUCUUCAGCUUAGCCUGGGUCGCCAUUGGCAUCAAGCUCUUCUCCUCCGUCUCCGUAUAA